AUGCAAAGUAUAAUUGCAGGAAUUAAAUUUAGUUCAGAUAAAAGUAUAUUAAUAGAUAAAAUUAAGGAACAGACAAAAGGUGAUAAAAUAAUUUUGGAUAAGGUAGAUUAUAAAAUAGAUGAGUUAAAGUUGAAAGGUAAUAAAGAAAAAAAAGAGUUAGUGUUAAGAGGACAAAGAGAGUUAGGAAAGUUAGGAUGCAUAAAAAGUUAUGAAUUUAAGAUUAUUAAUGUUUAUGAAGAUAAUAACAAAGUAGAUUUUAAGAAACAGAAUAGAGGAAAUGAAUAUACUAAAGUUAAUAUUAAGAAUAUUAAACCCAUAGAGAAGGGGAAGAUGUUACAAUCUGAAACAAAUGAUGUCAUUGUUUCAGAAAAUCCUAUAAAAGGAAAAUGA